UGUGCUCCAUACAUCAAGGCAUUGAAUGAGUGUCACAACUCAUCGUUUUUUGUCAAGAUGUUGGGACUCUGCAACGAUCCCAAGGAAGCCUUGAAUAAGUGCUUGCACAAAACCAGGGUGGACCAGAGUGUUGAGAAGUUGAACGAAAGAAAACUCAAGCACAAGAAAGUUGAAGAGAGAUGGAGACAAAUGGAAGAGGAGGAAUAUGGAGAAAACCUAAGGUUAAAGAAAAUCAUUGAUAUACAGUUGCAGAAAAUGAAGGAGCAAGAAAAA